AUGUUCUGGGACCCCGAGCCAUCCAACGACGUGAACAGCGACGAACCUGUUUGGUGUCUGGGCCGCUCUUACAAGCUAGACGACCCCAAGCGUGCGAGCUCCAGAACCGUAAAUAAGGCGACCAAGUCUGUUGGCCACGACGCAGCAGAGGCCGGCGCAUCAGAAGCCGUGCCCGUCUCAUCUUCGACUCAAAGUCCUCCGUCCAUAUCAAAACCGUCUGCAGAUGCGCCAGAAACACCACCGGCGGGCGAGGAGCUGCCGCUGGAAAACGGAUGGCCUCCGGGGUUCUUGGAAGACAUGGCCUCAAAGUUCUGGAUGACGUACAGAUCGGGGUUUGAUCCUAUAGCCAAGUCCGUUGACCCCAGGUCGACCUCUGCGCUUUCGUUUGCCGUAAGGAUCAAGAGCACGCUCUCAGACCCCACGGGCUUCUCUUCCGACAGUGGCUGGGGCUGUAUGAUUCGUUCUGGCCAGAGCCUUCUUGCUACAACUAUUGGUAUUCUGCAGUUAGGAAGAGACUGGCGACGCGGCAAGAGUCAACAAGAGGAGCGACAGCUCAUCAGCAUGUUUGCCGACGACCCAAGGGCGCCGUAUUCAAUCCACAACUUCGUACGCCAUGGAGCUACUGCCUGUGGGAAAUUCCCCGGCGAGUGGUUUGGCCCAUCUGCUACUGCUCAGUGCAUUCAGGCCCUCACAAGCUCUUCAGGGCUUCUUCUGAAGGUAUACUCGCCGAACGACGGACAAGACGUUCACGAAGAUGGUUUCAUGAAGAUUGCGAAGCCUGAAGGGCUGGAUUUCCACCCAACCUUGAUCCUCAUACGCACGCGUCUCGGUAUUGACAAAAUCACGCCGAUAUAUUGGGAGCCUCUAAUCGCUGCGCUCCAGAUGCCGCAGUCAGUUGGCAUUGCUGGUGGCCGCCCUUCCUCGUCUCAUUACUUCGUUGGCAGUCAAGGUAGCUCCCUGUUUUAUCUCGACCCCCAUCACACCAGAAAAGCGAUCCCCUACCACGCCGAUGUGACCAAGUACACGGAUGAAGAUAUCGACUCGUGCCAUACCUCCAGACUCCGCCGACUCGAUGUCAAAGAGAUGGACCCGAGUAUGCUGAUAGGCUUCCUUAUUCGUACCGAGAGUGACUGGUCCGAUUGGAGACAACGUGUAGAAAACGUCCAGGGCAAAUCCAUCAUCCACGUGACAGACCAUGAGCCUACGCUAUACAGCAGCGAAGGUAGGGAUGGUGCGGUGGAUGAAGUCGAGGUACUGAGUGAUGACGACGAUGACGAUGUGACGACAACAUGA